GUUUACUACAGGGCCAGUGGUGGCUGUAGCCAGUGCAGUAGUAUUAUAGUUUGAAGUAAAAGCCAUGGAGGAGGGCUUACAGGAAGCUCAAGAGUUUAUAAAAACUUAUUCUGAACAGAAAGAAGUUUCUGCUAAAGUAAAACGGGCGCCGUUGCUUGCUUGCUGUGGAAUUGUUUGUGGUUUCUGCCUUCUUAUCAGCCCGUUUAUAACUCCAGCCUUCAGAAAACAUUGUCUUCCUUAUGUUCCUGCUACACGUCGGCAAAUUGAUCUCGUUUUAAAUUUACGUAAAAAUACAACUGGGCUAUUAGUUGAUGUUGGCUCUGGUGACGGACGUCUAGUCAUACAAUCAGCCAAACGUGGCUGGAAAAGUCACGGUAUUGAACUUAAUAGAUGGUUAGUGUACUAUUCACGUUUUCUUGCUUGGAAGGAAGGAGUUUCACACUUGACAACAUUUUUUCGCCAAGAUUUGUGGAAGACUGAUCUUUCUCCGUACGACACAGUAGUUAUAUUUGGGACUUCAGAGAUGAUGCUAGAUUUUGAAAAAAAACUGGAAAAAGAGCUUAAAAGCAACGCCGAAGUAAUUGCCGGAAGGUUUGGGCUUUCUAAGUGGGUUCCUUAUAAACAAUUUUUGGAUCCUAAAAGGAAUAUGGGCCUUUAUAAUGUCUUUGCAUAUAAAAAGCAGUUCAAGCAUAGAAGUUAAAAAAUGUGUCCUCCAUGGCGGCU